AUGCCAUCUCAAAACGACAUCGCCAAACACUUCCGCGCCCUCCACCAACCCGGCAACCCCCUAAUCCUAACAAACGUCUACGACGCCGCAACAGCCUCUAUAAUCGCCGCACUACCAACAGCACCCGCCAUCGCAACAGCCUCCUACGCGAUCGCCGCAACGAUCGGCGUCGACGAUAACGCGCUGACAAAAACCCAAAACCUGACCGCGAUAGCCGCAAUCGCCGCCUCCGUGCGCGCCACGAACCCUACCAAACCAUUGACCGUCGAUGUGCAAGAUGGACACGGUGAUGCAUCCGAGCUAGCAGAUACCAUUAGGCAGGUCAUCGCGCUAGGGGCUGUGGGGUGUAAUCUCGAAGAUAUGGACGCAACUGGCGUGCUGCGGUCGGUGGAUGAGGCUGUGGCGCGGGUUGGGGUCGCUGUUCAAGCGGCGAGGGAGGCCGGGGUGCCUGAUUUCGUGGUUAAUGCUAGGACAGAUGUGUUGCUGACGGAGAAUGGGACUGUUGAGGAGGCUAUUGAGCGUGGGAGAGCGUUUCUACAGGCUGGUGCUACUACUGUCUUUGUUUGGGGUGGGCCUAGUGGAAGGGGUGUUUCGAGCCUGGAAGUGAGAAGAUUGGUUGAUGCCCUAGGUGGCAUGGUUAAUGUGAAGAUGACUUUGAGAGAGGGCUUUCUGGGAGUGAAGGAGAUUCGGGAGUUGGGCGUUGCGAGGAUUAGUGUCGGGCCGGAGUUGUGGCGGGCUGCUAUGAAGGCAUUUACUGAGAGGGCUGAGCAAGUGUUGGCUUUGUGA